CGGUGCAGCGAGACUUCUGGUCACCUGAUCUGUCUCCGGUGUCGCCGAGGGCGACAGCAGGAGAGGCUGCAGGGGGCGUGGCGGCGUGGGCCGGCGAGCACGGCGCCCUGAGGAAGACGCUGUCGGUCGACGAGCGGCUGCUGCAGCCUCACCGCAGACUGCUGAGCCGCCUGGAGAGAGGCCGCAAGAAGCUGCACAACAUCCAGAGUCUGGGAACCCCGAGCAGAUACGACACCAGGAAGAAGUCAGACAGUAAGAUCUCCCGGUUGGCUCAGAGGUGGAACCAGCGGGCGGCGGGAGAUGAUCUGAUCAAGGACCUGACGCCCCUGCUUUACACGGGACUCCCCCCAUCCUCACUCAGCCUGGACAGACGCCUCCAGGGAGUCAUGACUCAGCAGAUGCAGAACCUGCAGUUGUCUCAGAGCAGGAAGUGCCCCGGCGGGCCGGCCUCCCCGAAUGCCGCCAAACGGCUCUACAGGAACCUGUCGGAGAAGCUGCGGGGGAGCACCUCGUCCUUCGAGGAUGCCUACUUCUUCGGCAAGACGGACCGCCUCCGCAAAGCCUCGACGAUGCAGGGCAGCGACUGCAUCUUCGAGGCGGUUGAGCAGCAGGACCUGGACACGGUGCAGAUCCUCCUCUACCAGUUCUCGGCCGAGGAGCUGGACCUGAACACGCCCAACAGCCAGGGCCUGACGCCGCUCGACAUCGCCAUCAUGACCAACAACACGCCCAUCGCCAAGCUGCUGCUAAAGGCCGGUGGCAAGGAGAGUCCUCACUUUGUGAGUGUGGAGAGUCGGGAGGCCCACCUGAGCGCCCUGGUGCUGGAGGCGGAGCAGCGGGCGGCGGACCUGGCGGCUGCGGCCCAGAGAGACGGCCUGUCCCUGGAGGCCUGCCAGAAGGACCGCACGCUCCGGGCCUGGGAAUGGAGGAGCAAGCUGUACAGACGCAUGAGCACGGGCUUCCAGCACGCACGCGUCCCGGAGGCCCCGUCGGCGGUCCGUCUGAGCGUGAGCAGCAGCACCACGCUGAGCAUCGCCUUCCAGGAGCCCACGGGUCUCAACUCCACCGUGGUGACCAAAUACAGAGUGGAGUGGAGCUGUCUGAAGGACUUCUCACUGCUUGCUGGAGAGAUGGUGUUGGAUAAUCUGCAGAGCCUCAAGUGCACCAUCGGCAGCCUCACCACGGGUCGGCUGUACUACGUGCGAGUGUCUGCCUACAACAUGAAGGGCUGGGGUCCCCCGGCGUGCUCGACGCCACCCUCUGCAGCCCCCUCCAAUUGGAGGGAGAGCGACGGCCGGGAGCCCCGGAGGCGAGGACACAUCGAGGCGAUGGAGCGUCUGCUGCAGCAGGUCCGAGCCACGCACACUCACUACUGCUGCGGAGACUCGUCGAAGCUGCCGAACCCGAGCAGGAAGCAGUCGGUCUCCAGGAGCCUCAAACACCUCUUCAACUCCUCCAACAAGUUCGUCAAAACACUGAAAAGGGGGAUCUACCUAGCUGCUGUGUUCUACCAUAAGGACAGUCUGCUGGUGACGGCCGAGGACCAGAUCCCCAUCGUGGAGGUGGACGACUCGUACAGCAGCAGCCUCAUGCAGGACUUCCUCUGGUUCACCAAGCUGUCCUGCAUGUGGGAGGACGUCCGGUGGCUGAGACAGAGUAUGUCGGUGUCCAUGUCCUCGUCCUCCACGCUGCAGGCCCGGCACAAGAUGCUCACCGCUGCCGGCCAGAUGCAGAACCUCCUCGGGACCCACAACCUGGGCCGGGUCCACUACGAGCCCAUCAAGGAUCGCCACGGCAACGUGCUGCUGGUGACCAUCCGCGACCUGGACAGCCAGCACUCGCUGUUCAGCGGGAAGUGGAUGCAGGUCGCCAAGCUGCAGAGUCAGAGGAAGUCUCUGUCCACGCCAGAGGAGCCGUACGCUCUCGACAUCCUCAUCAUCACCAUACAGGACAUCUUGGUGUACCAGCGGCGCAGUACCCACCGUCUGGCCCCGGGACUCUACCUGGGCUACCUGAAGCUCAGCAGCUCCGUGGACCAGAUCAGAGUCCUGGUGUCCCAGAGGACGCCCAACAUGCUCUGCUACAGCCGCGUCCGGGACAACGCCAACGUCUCCAGGGAGGAGUGGGACUGGAUCCAGUCGCUGUCUGGGGAGAAGAGCGAGGAGGCGGAGCCUAGGCCGGAGAGCCACGCCCCCUUACUGUUCUACGAGCUGCAGACGUCCAUCAGGUCUCUGCUGAAACACCUGAACCUACCUCUGCACCAGGCCCGUCACUUCCGUCUCUACAGUCAUGAGGUGGUGGAGCUGGGUCACGGCGUCUCCUUCCUGCUGCUGUUGCCGGCCGCCGACGACGUUUGCUCCGCCCCCGGACAGUCCAACCCCUACACCACCCUGGCAGGGUUCCUGCACCUGCCUCUACAGAUGUUUGAGCUCGUGCACUUCUGCACCUACAAAGAGAAGUUCAUCAGCCUGUACUGCCGCCUGUCCUCCGUCCUGGACCUGGACGCCCUCAUUACCCAGCAGGCACUGCGGGAGGCCAUCACCGACAGCGAGGUGGCCACGGCCAAACAGAGACACCAGCUCAUACUGGACUACAUCCAGCAACUGGACGAGAUGCGGCGAGACCUGCGCUGGAUCACGGCCGCGCUGCAGUCGGCGCGCUACAAGCAGCCGCGCGGUGGCGUGCCAGCCGCCUGCCUGCUGGACGCCGCCGCGGUCGAGAAGACGGACUCGGCGUCCUCCAACACGGACUACCUGGCCACGCCCUCGCCGGAGCUCCACCGCCGCAAAGCCGUCAGCGACUCUCUGCUCGGCUCGGACGAAGACGGGUCCUCGGAGGUCUUCCUGCCGACCGACAGCGACUACGACUCCAGCGACGCCCUGAGCCCCCGCGAGCUGGACCUGCUCUACUCCCCCGCACAGGAUCUUUCCCAGCAGGCUUUGCACUCGCUGGGCGGCAGCGCCCCGGACGUGCUGCAGAUCCACGAACUCAGGUACAGCGUGUGCCCCCCCACAGACUUCCCCUUCUCCCCCGGGCUGACGGACCCUAAACCCCCCCUCUUCCCCCCCUCCCCCUCCCCCUCUGGAGACUUUCCCCCCUCCCCCUUCGGUCUUCCUCACUCCCCGUCCUGUUCCCGGACCCUCUCGACGUCCCCGUCCCUCCCGCUGUCCCCCAGAUUCUCCGCCGACCUCGCCCUCUCGCUCCCCGUCUCGCCGGUGCUGUGCGACACCACGAAGACUCUGGAGGGCCUCUCGCUCGCCGCUGUUCCACUCCGGGCGCUCGCCAACCCUCCCGUCAAACGCAAGAUGCUGUCCAGCAGCCACCGGAGCCCGUACUUCAGCGGGCCGCAGCGCUGGCUCCGGGGCCACAGCGUGGAGAGCCACGCCACGGCGUCCCUGUCCGAGGGCGUGUACACCAAGCAGUCGGACACGGAGCCGCUACGGGCGCCAACGGCAACGCCAACACCAACGCCAGUGCAGUCACCGGCCGGGGACGCCACCUUCAUUAGCCACGCCUCCUGCGUCCUGGAGAGCCGCAAGGGCCGGCACCGGGAGCCGCGGCCGCACGUCCGCAGGAUCUUCGUGGAGCCGUGCAAAGACCUGUCGCCGGGCAACGAGAGGCUGUCGCCGGGCAACGAGAGGCUGUCGCUGGGCAACGAGAGGCUGUCGCUGGGCAACGAGAGGAGGGUCUGGGAGUUCGGGGAGAAGACAGAGGACGAGACGGACGCAGGUGUGCCGGUGGUGGUCGAGGGGGCGGAGCCGGAGGGAGCCGCCUCGCAUGACGUUGACUCAGACGACCAAUUCAAACGCCCAGCUGUCAGAGAUCCUCCGCAGCACGCUUGUAGACGCCGCGCGCGCAGAGGUUGGUCACAGGACGCAGCGGAUGGCGUCCUGGUCACUUCAUCUCAAUCUCAUUAG